CCUUGCGGGAAAGUCAACACGAAGUCUACGGACAAACCGACUCAAAACACUGUGAAUAAUCCAGAAUGUCUGCGCUUCUUGCUCCGAUGAAGAUGGAGGAAGUAGCCAGUGCUGCUCUAGCUUCCAGCACCACCGGCGUUUCAAAAUGGACAGCCGUACUGGCAUGUACUACCAUGGCGAUAUCUUACGUCGCAGUCCUAUAUGCUCCGACUAUGAUUCUCCGCUUGCCGCCGGCCAAUUCCUUUAAAUCGUUCAUGGUUCGCCGGUUCAUAUGUGCUGCCGUUUUCACCGUCGCCUCCCUCAUAGCCUGCUCUAUCAUCCUCCCUAUAAGGUGGAAUGCAUCAAACUUGCUGCAGGCUUUUGGUAUCAGAGCAGACCACAUAUGGCAAGCUGUUGCCUAUCCUCUAUCUUUAACCGCUCUUAUGUAUGUUGGAUCUCUCACGAAGGGUUUGCUGCUAUUGCGUUCCUGCAAUGAUAAUCAGAGUGAUGGUAGAAGGGUUUUGUCAGUGUACAUUAAAACGAUUCCGAAAAUGCUCAUAAACUCAGUUUUUUCAAUAGCAUCUAAUGUCUCAGCUUGGCGUAAUUAUUUUGUGGCACCACUCACAGAAGAGCUUGUUUUUAGAGCUUGUAUGAUCCCUUUGCUUUCUUGUGGAGGAUUCAAUAUGUAUACUGUCGUGUUUCUUUGUCCCAUAUUUUUCAGUUUAGCUCAUUUGAACCAUUUAUUGGAAUAUGCCCAGCAAAGAGGCAGCUUGCUCAAAGCUUUUAUGGUUGCAGGUUUCCAGCUUGGCUACACUGUCAUAUUUGGAUCAUAUGCUUCCUUUCUAUAUGUUCGUACAGGGCAUGUGGUCGCACCUCUUGUUGCUCACAUCUUUUGUAAUUAUAUGGGUUUGCCCACCAUAAAUUCUCCUCAAUCAGGGACAAUAACGUUGGCAUUUCUAGCUGGGCUAUUGGGAUUCUACUGGCUUCUUUUCCCAUUAACCAGCCCACAACUUUAUAACAAUAGAGCAGAUAGUUGCAACUGCUGGCAUCAAUAUUGUACUUGAAACUAAAGAAGAUUGGACACCUUGAAAGAGAUUGAUCGGCUCCAUUAUGAAAUUCAAGAUAGAUGGUACUUUCUCUUACUUCAUACAGGAAGCCAGCCACCAUGUCCCUUCCCACCAUUUUAGAAUGUUGUACGUACAAUAUUCCUGCCUGCAGGUCAUUCAUACUUCAAAUAUUAACAUUAUUUAUAACACUUUCUUUCUUUGCUUAUUUUGUUUCAUACUUAGUAUUUGUUUGAUACUGAAUAGUGAAUCACCUCUAGUUUAGCAACACUUUUGAUGUAGUUCUUAAAAAUUUCGCUUAUACGGUUAUACCAAAUUAAUCAUUAGGGAAAAUUGUCAAAUAAGCCCUCCCACUAUGUCAAAAAGUCAAUUAGAUCCUCGUACUUUAGAAUCGAUCAAUUGAACCCUCAAACUCACAAAAAAUGCCCAAUUAAGCCUUUUAGCCGGUAAAAAAUAAGCCUUCCGGUUAAAAGUUGCUUAUGUGAUUUUUUUAAAGUUUUUUUUUUUAAUUUUUUUAGUUUAUUCCCUAGAGAUCUUUACUCUUUACUCGUUCUUUUUUCUUUAACUUAUUUUCUUUCUUUCUUAUAUGAUAGCUUAUUGCCGCCUCGCCACCAACUUCACCGGUGUUCCGCUCUGUACCCACCUUUCUCAUCUUUCUCUCCCACCGUUCACUUCCUCCUUCUUUCACUUUCUUCUUCACCGCCUGAUUCUGCUCCACUUUCGCUCAGAGCUGCAAACUUCAUCGUCGUAUCCACUGUUCAAGUUCGAGCUUCUCCCUCCCGGUUGUAAUGUGCCCCUUCUUCUAUCAGACAUCCCUAUUUUAUUUAGCGUUGUUCAGUGAGGCUCAGAACCCUAAGGGGACUCCGAAGUUUGUAAACAGUCCAAUGCUUUCAUGGAUUUAGAGUUUUGAUGGAAGAAAUGUAAAUAGUGCAGUGUUAUGCUUAAUUUUGGAGACAUGGCUCUCCGAAUCUGGGAGAGAGUUGUGUGUGAAAUUGGGAAAACUAUCAAAUAAGCCCUCGUACUAUACCGAAAAAGUCGAUUAGGCCCUCGUACUUUACAAACAUUCAAUUAAGUUCUCGAACUAUUAAAAAACGUUCAAUUAAGCCCUUUCGGUCGGUAAGUAACCGGUUUCCCGGUUAAAUGUAACCUGUUUCCCGGAAGCCGCCGUUGCUGGGGUUCGAGCACAUCGUCGCCAUCGUCGUCGUUUAACCGGGAAAUCGGUUACUUACCCACCAAAAGGGCUUAAUUGAACGUUUUUUAAUAGUUCGAGGACUUAAUUGAGUGUUUGUAAAGUACGAGGGCCUAAUCGACCUUUUCGGUAUAGUACAGGGGCUUAUUUGAUAGUUUUCCCUGUGAAAUUUGUUGGGGAAGAUGAACAGUCCAAGGUGUAUAUAUCUAAGUUUGAAUAGGCUACGUGGUUUUUAUUAUCCGUCAAAAUCUGGAGUAAAAAAAGCCACAUGGGCAUACACGUCAGCGACUACCGGUGAAUCUGGAAGGGAACCAACUAAAAAGAAGAAUUGAAUGUUUUUGUAUAGUACGAGGGGUUAAUUGGGUGUUUUAAUAGUUCGAGGACUUAAUUGACUUUUUUGCUAUACUACGGGGACCUAUUUGAUAGUUUUCCCUAAUCAUUACAAAAUUGAACUGAAAACAGGUAGAAUGUUAUCUUAUUGCACAAGUAGGACAGAACAAAAUGGAUACUAGAUAUCGGCUGCGCUUGCUUAUUCGAGACAUUGGCUUAACCUUAAGAGGUCACGAAAAGAAGAGUUUAAAUACAUGUUAUUCAAACACUAAACCCUAAUACUAAUAGAGUCCAUUGGUUUAGGUAAUCUUAUAUUACAUUGUUAAUGUGAGAAAGGUAAUGUGAGAUUACCUUUCUUUGGUUCCAGUUUACAUAUUAAUAAGGUAAUUCAAUGAUACUUCUAGGAAGACGUAUGAAAGUGAGGUAAUAUUAGGGGUGACAUGAUUAGCUAGGGUUUUUGAUGUACUUUGAUGUACUUUAACAUUUUAACGUGAUUAGCUGGGGUUUCUUUUGUAUAAAGGGCUUUAGGAAUACUAUUGUCAUGUUAUUCAUAACACCUUGUUAUACUUUUAGACCAUUCGUAAUUUGUCCUUGACAUUUAACAGCUUAAGGAAUACUCAUGUCCCCAAAAAAUCACGUUUGAUCAGUGUGUAAUUCUUUUCUCGUGAUAAAGUACAUGCAUACAUUGAUCAUAAAUCAUGAAUUGCUUAUACUCCGUGUGUUUUUAUGAUUUAUUUGUUGGUUUAACGAAGUAUGUCGUAUGUAGUUUGUUUUUGUCAAAUUUUUGGAGAAAAAAAGUUUUGUUUGAUCAAGCUUAGGCUCAUCUUUGGGACAAACCAAUGUAAUAGGUUUUUUGAGAUGGAGGGAAUAUCAUAUAUCAAAGUAAGUAUUCUUAAUUUGGGGCGGUCUCCAUUUCCAAGUAGGGUUUAGGUUUUCUGCAAGCCACUGGCGGCUGGUACGGUUUGUGUUUCUUGUAGAUUGAAGGGAAAGUGCAACGCAGGGUAGGAACAUCAAUCGUUUGUCUAUCAAAAUGGAAAACAUGGUAAACCAAUAUGAUAUGUUAGAUAUAGGAGGAGAGGUGAAUGAACUGGUUUUCGAGGGUGAAGAUGGCACACAGGAGGAUGUCGACAUGGUGGUUUUUCUGGUAAUGGGCAUGAUUAUCACCGACAAGAUGUUGAAGUUCCAGAUUCUCAAAAAUCUAAUGGCUUCAAUAUGGUGUCUCGGUAAAUGAGUCCCAAUCAAGGAAAUUGGAAAUAAGAGGAGGGAUCUUCAUCGACUGGAAUGGGCUACAAACAAGCAGGGCACAAGCAGAACAGAGCGGAUUGACUGACUAGGCAAAAGGUGAAAGGGAAUCAGGGUUGACUAGUCACAGUGUCGGAAAAUGAGGAGGGAAAGGCCAGAGAAGUUGGAACAUCUAGCACAGAAUUGAACCAGAAGAGAAAAAAGACGUGGGAGGAAGAGCAGCAGAAAGCGACGCAGAACAGUGACAAAUGGGUCUAGAUGAGCCAAAAAAUGGGGUAGGGGUGGAUGCUGGCUACCAGGCUCGUGAUAUUGGGGAAGCGGUCUUUCUCUACUUGCUAUGUUUUUCUUGUUUUUUUGAUCGGGAUGUUAUUUUGGUUAUGUUUUUGUUUUUUUUUCUAGUUAGACUAUUGGGUUUAGGUUUAGUGAUGGAAAGUUUGUUUUCAUCGCCUUUGACUCAGUUAUGCUUAUUGUAGGAUCAUCAUAUUGGUUUUAAGAAGUUGAUCGACUCUGAGUCUGUUUCGAGAGCUGAUUGUUGGGAGUGAACUUUUUGUCUUAUUGUUGUUUGUCUGAAUUUUCCAUCCGUCUUGAGAUUAUGAAGGAAUAAAGCAAAAUGGUUCACUAAA